CCCACUUGACUCACGAGGAUGGAAGAACAUGGCAUCUUAUAAAGCUGAUAUCCUACAAGAUAUUAUUUUAAAUUUACAAUACUAUACGAAUAACGUUUCAAAAUGGUGCGACCAAUUGCAUUUGCCGUCGAGCAAUGGAUGGACAAGUAUGAGACUACGCCGGGCGUCCUCAAUGUUGCCGAGACGUGUGCCUCGUCCAUCUCGCUUGACGAACUGACCUCCCUUGCCAAAGAAGGCGAUCCAGCCCUACCCGUAUCGACUCGCGCAAGACUGACAUAUGGACCUAUCUUGGGCUCGACUGCCUUGCGAAACAGCGUUGCUGAUAUUCACAACAGGGAUAGCCAACACCAAUUGAACGAGGACAAUGUCAUUAUUACCCAAGGCGGCAUCAGUGCCAACUUUCUUGUUCUCUACUCCAUGCUAGGCCCUACGGACCAUGUAAUCUGUGUAUAUCCAACAUACCAGCAGCUAUACUCAGUGCCAGAGAGCCUUGGCGCUAAAACGUCGUUUUGGAGACUCAAGGCUGAGAACGGGUACAUUCCUGAUGUGAACGAGCUGCCAGAUCUUGUGUGCAAGAACACCAAGAUGAUCAUUAUCAACAACCCCAACAACCCGACAGGAGCACGAAUUCCUACGGCGGUGCUGAGAGACAUUGUUGACUUUGCCAAGGAGCGAGGCAUCAUAGUGAUGAGUGAUGAAGUCUAUCGACCGCUAUUUCACGACGCGUUCGAACCCAACGCCGAACUACCUCCUGCGAUAACUGCCUUUGGCUACGAGAGGACGAUUGUUACAGGGUCCAUGUCUAAAGCGUGGGCAAUGGCAGGAAUCCGCAUCGGGUGGGCGUUGUCGCCAAGCACAGACAUCAUGUCUCAGCUCGCCAUGACGCGCGACUAUACAACCAUCAGUGUAUCGCAAGUCGAUGACCAAAUCGCAACCUAUGCGCUUUCUGCUGCAGUUCGGAAGCCGUUGUUAGAGCGCAACGUCAAGUUGGCGACACGCAACUUGGCUCUCAUUAAGAGCUUUGUGGAGAAGCACAGCAACAUCUGUGAGUGGGUGUGCCCCAACGCCGGUACAACGGCGUUUGUUCUCUUCAAGGAUAAGAAGGGAAAUCCAGUAAAUGACGUUGAAUUCUGCUUAGGCCUGCUAGAGGCCACCAAGGUUUUUAUUACCCCGGGAUCGCAUUGCUUCGGCCACGACGAGGACUUUGCUGGCUACGUGAGAAUUGGGUAUGUGUGCGAGACGGCUGUUUUAGAAGAAGCUCUGCCGAAGUUGGCUGAGUAUGUGGAGCGUACACUAGCUUGAGUCAAGAUCGGGCGCAAAUGGAGUGAGGCGAGGGCAUUUUGGGAGUGAGCUGCGCCUCGCUCAAGUAAUAUGACGUGUUGAACUACACAAUGCAGGGCAUUUAUCAGGCCAGAGCAUAAUGAUCAAUGGGGGACUAUACAAUGGAUAAGCUUUGUCAACAAUUCAAGGGCAGCCCAAAAAUAAAAUAAAAUAAAAAUCGACUGCAUUUACCCUGGCAUGCCGAGAGCGCCUAAAACAAAAGCCUGUUUUGAAACAGGCUGUCGGCGUACCGCCGGAUCUGCAGCCCAAGUGAUCUUCCAGCCUCUGCAGCGCCCAUACUGUAAUUAGUUCUGUACCUUAGGCAGUGCUGGUAACCUAAUUACUUGUAUUUGACAGCGGUGCCCGCUUCGGAUGCUUGCGCCACGCAGCCAAACGACGGACUGUACCUUGCUUGCUCACAUCAUCCCGCUGUAGCCGCCUCACUGCCAGCUUUUGCGUGUGCUCUACUAAAAAAGGGGCCGCCACCUGAAUGCGAGGCGAAGGCGGCUAUGCAUAACAUGACAAGAGGCCUGCGACACGAUUUUUGCUUUGGCAGGAGAAAGCCACAUGUCGCGAACAAAAAAAUACGGAUGAAUGAACUGCACUGUGCAAGCGUCGAGCGUGAUUAUUUUGCUACUACGGUACGAAGUAAUUACUGUAGGUAGUGUACAAAAGGUACCAUUUGGGGGAGACAAAUAGGAAAAGAGGUGCGCUAAACCAGUCCCAAUACGAACAAGUUAAAAUUACCCACCGUAGCACUCUCCUCGCAACAGUGUUCAGCUCGCAGCGUUCCCUGGCCGAGCUAGCCUGGUGCUUCGUUUGCGGCCUUGUUAGCGCUCAACCCUGCUGUGACAUGCUGAGCGAGCACCACUGCGGAACCCGCACGCACGCAGCUGGCUCAGCUCAGUCUUGGCUCCCCAAUAAAAAUAAGGCAGGGAACCCGCCGCUCUACCAA